AACAUUGCACAUCAGUCCACAGGUGUUUCCUGUAGCUCAAUUCAGCACUUCCUGAGCUGCGCACUGUGCGAGUCAGCUGACAGUCCCUAAAGGCUGGGUUAGUUUUGGCACUGGAGGAGUGACAUCAACAGUACUAGGCACAGAGCGAAUCGUUUAGUGAAAAUCGGAGCGAGCAGUGGAGACCCAUUGCCCCGUCGCUUGCACAAUGAGUGUUAGCACACCAAAAUUGCUACCGUCUUCGGGGAAGAAAUCCAUUCAUGAUGUCUGCCAUCCUCUCUCCUGCGAGGAGGCAGCACUCACAACACCCAGCCCAGAGCUACAGAACACCAGCAGCAUAGGGGACAAGGACUUAAGUUUGCCGAAUGGUACCCCAGUGGACACAUCCAGCCCUGCUUCCUCCUCUUCCUUGCUCAACAGACUGCAGCUAGACGAUGACCUGGAUGGAGAGACCAGGGACCUUUUUGUCACAGUUGAUGACCCCAAAAAGCAUGUUUCCACUAUGGAGACUUACAUCACUUACAGAGUCACCACUAAGACCACCAGGACAGAGUUUGAUUUGCCUGAGUACUCUGUACGUCGCCGGUACCAGGACUUCGAUUGGCUGAGGAAUAAACUGGAGGACACACAGCCAACACAUAUCAUUCCACCACUGCCAGCAAAGUUUGUAGUGAAAGGGGUUGUUGACCGGUUCUCAGAAGAGUUUGUGGAGACUCGGCGGAAGGCCCUUGACAAGUUUUUGAAAAGGAUAGCGGAUCAUCCUGUCCUCUCCUUUAAUGACAAUUUCAAUGUAUUCCUCUCCGCGAAGGAUCUCAAUUCCUAUAAAAAACAAGGCAUGGCUUUGUUGUCGAAAAUGGGAGAAUCCGUGAAGUAUGUCACAGGAGGCUACAAGCUGAGGAGUAGACCCUUAGAGUUUGCAGCUAUGGGGGAUUAUCUGGACAUGUUUACACAGAAGCUGGGAACUAUUGACAGAAUAGCACAGAGGAUCAUCAAGGAGCAAGCAGAGUAUCUAGUGGAGUUGCGGGAGUAUGGCCCAGUGUACUCAAGCUGGGCCUCUGCUGAGGAGGAGCUGCAAGAGCCUCUGGAGGGGGUGUCGAGCUGCGUGGCCAACUGCAGCACAGCACUGGAGGAGCUCACCGAGGACAUGAGUGAGGAGUUCCUGCCUGUGUUCCGGGAAUACGUCCUCUACAUAGAGUCCAUGAAGAAUGUUUUGAAGAAAAGGGACCAAGUCCAAGCAGAAUAUGAGGCCAAGUUGGAGGCUGUGGCAUUCAGAAAAGAGGAGCGGAACUCUGCACCUACAGAUGUUGAAAAGUGCCAAGACCGGGUAGAGUGCUUUAACGCAGACCUAAAGGCUGACUGGGAUCGGUGGCAGAACAACAAGAGGCAGGACUUUAGGCUGCUGCUCACAGGAAUGGCUGACAAAAACAUCCAGUAUUAUGAGAAGUGCCUUGCAGCGUGGGAGUCCAUCAUUCCACUCUUACAGGAUAAACCGGAUGGCAAAGGAGAAAUGCCCUCAUAAUUGCCCCCCUGCCCUUCCCACCCACUCCACCUGUUUCCUGGGUACUGCCUGUCUGCAUCCACAAAGUGCACAUGAUCACUACACUUCACUCUCAUAUGCCUCUGUGUGCUUGUCAAGGACAUUGACUUGGGAGGGGGCUCAAUGUGAACUCAUUCAAAACGUGUGUUUUUUGCUGAAUGUGUUUUUAUAUUUCUAAAAUCCAAGCCAUGUACUACGAACCCACCCUUCAGCUGUGUGAAGUGGACAGUUUUAUUUAAUUUUAUUUAAAACGCUGGGUGAGUAAACAUACUGGAUUUAACGUUCCAAAGAAUCAGGAUUAAAGGUUUGGAGGUUUGUAAAGUUUUAAAGCAAAUCUCUGGUGUGCAUUAUUUAUUUAUUUUUGGCCCUUGAAAUGUGCAAAGCUGAUGUAUUCAGAUCCAAUGAAAUGAAGCAAAAAUGAGCAGUGGAGUACUAGGUGCAGAGAACAUGGAAUAGUGCAGUGUUGAAAGGUUUUUGUGUAAGAUCUUUGGGAAGUUGUUCUCUCGCAAUUUGUGCAAAUAUCAGAAAUGUGCACUCUGAUUGUACUCUUCUGGACAAAGAUUGCAAAAACAGAGAGACGGUAUGUUGUGUAUAGUCUAGAGUGGCCAAACAGCAGCUCAUCACCAUUUUAUGCAGAGAAUCGGAGGUUCUAGGAUUCAGAUUUUCCUGUUUCUUUAAGACACUCACACAUGAGGCAAAUCUAAUUGCACUCUGAGCUAAAGUUGUGUAAAGCUGCCACCAGUGUACAUGACCAGUACCUGGUUUUGCAUAGCUCUGUAUCAAGUACCAGUGCACUCAAUUUAGACCAACAUGGCAGAUUACAGUGCCCAACUUGACAAUAAAAAUUAAAAUAGACCAGUGUUGAGUUAAUAUUUAUAGAGUUAAAAUUUAUAGGAGGCUGUGUGGUCCAGUGGUUAAAGAAAAGGGCUUGUAACCAGGAGGUUCCCGGUUCAAAUCCCACCUCAGCCACUGACUCACUGUGUGACCCUGAGCAAGUCACUUAACCUCCUUGUGCUCCGUCUUUCGGGUGAGACGUAAUUGUAAGUGACUCUGCAGCUGAUGCAUAGUUCACACACCCUAGUCUCUGUAAGUCGCCUUGGAUAAAGGCGUCUGCUAAAUAAACAAAUAAUAAUAUUACUAAACUUGCCAGAAAUUUCGAUUCUCAAAAGUUGGUGCAGUAAAUUAAGAGUUGGUUGAAGGGGAGGGGGUUGAUUUCAGAUUUUUAAGCAUUCCUCAGAUAGUCAGCAAUGUGACAGAUGGAACUUGAAGCAAUAUAGUUCAGGAGUACAAGCCAGAAUUAACAUGGAUUUGACAAAAUUGUUUUCUCUCUCACUUUAAAAACCCCACUGCUCAGGAUGUAAAAUAGAGAUUGGUUAUACCUGUAAUAAAAAAAAAAUGCAUUGAAAUAGAACUCCUGAUUUGGAAAUGUCUGACUUCAAAAGAAAAUAACAAGGGGACUGUCUUGCAGUCACAGUAAUAACUGACUACUAACAGACUAGGAGAGUAUGAGCUGGGACAUAGCUUCUGUAUGCUUAAUAUACUGUGUUUGGAGCAGUUAUGGUUAUUUUAGGGUGUAAAUACUUUAUAAAAAGACAUAUUUCUGGUCAGUUUAUCAGCUUAAAAGACUACUUUCUAAUUUUAUAAAAGUAACGUUUUUUGAUUUUUUUUUUUUUUCAUCCUUAUUUGAAAAUGAUGGAUUUUCAUUUUGUUUUAAAUGUGUAUUUUUAAAGUUUCCGAUUUUUUUUUUUUUUUGUGAAAUCUGUUAGACUGCAAUGCAUAGAGAAAGGCAGUCUCCCCCCAAUUCCCCAAUAAUCAGGGUAGUAGUGAAAAUGAUAGAAAACUUUAAAGGCACACAAACCUUUUUUUUUUUUUUUUUGUCUCAUCUUUGAAAACAUGUCUCUUUCUGCUGUUUGUAGAGUUUAAAUGUACAAGUAUAACUAAAUGUCCCUGAAUACAGUAAGGGAACCUCAUUGACAAACUAGUACAUUAAAAAUUAAUUAUAAAAAUAAAAUACCAUGCAGGAAGCUUUUAUAUUUAAACUCUGAUGUUUUCAAAUCUUAAGACAUUUUAGACUAAGUUAAAUAUUGCACAACUAAAGACGUUUGAAGGGGAAGCAUUGAUCUUGGCAAACAAACUGCCUUUUUUUUUUUUAUCAGAAACGGAACAACUGACUUUUUAUGGACAAUACAAUUUCAACUUUAUUCAGCAUGUUUCCAUCAUAUAAUCCCCCAUUGUUAAUGUCAUGCAGAUAAACCUAAACAAUAACAUGGUCUUCAAUGAGUGUGGAUUUGAGUUAAACAGACUUUUAAUAAGACUUCUGUUGACCACAUAGAUACAAUACAAAUGUCGAAGCUAGCAUUUAUGUUUUUUUUGUAACAUGCCAUUUUGUAAUAUAUAACUGGAAACAUGUGAUUGUUUAACAAAAAAGCUAAACCGAAUGAUUUCAAUACACACUUAUUUUUUUAAACUUAUAACCUAUAGUAGAACAGGAUAUUGUAUUCCAGCGCUGCAAAGUGAACUGCAUUUGUCCCUUGUGUCUUUUUGUAAUCUUGAGAAGCAGUUAUUUUAAACUUGUAAUCUGUUUUUAAAGACGUAUUGCUAAACUGACUUAUGGAGAUGUCUGUUGCACUACAGAAAUGAAGAAUUACUUUUUUACCACUCCAAGCACUUUGUAACCUGUCUACAUGGAACAGUUUUAUAGCAUAUGUAUUAGUGUGCAGGAGUUCUAAAUCACUUGUGAGGAAAAACUAAACAGUUUGUUAUAGUCUAACCUCUGUGUUUAUGAUUAGAGUGGUUGAAGUUUUGGAUGAAGUAAAUAAAUAACUAAACAGGAAAGUAUGACAUUUAAAGGUUUUAUGAAGCUAAAAGCAAACUAUUGUGUUUUUUUUUAUUAUUAUUUACAAGUCCUCUUUUUGAGCUGCACUCCACUGGAGUUCAUAAAUAAAUACUUACGCCAGCAUUUGAAUGGUUUCCUUAAGGCCAGGUAGAAACACAUCGUCGUGCAUGUACUUUUCUGAGAAUUCAGCUUUUUCUGUCUUUCAAGUCAAUUUAUUUUCAAUUAAUAUGCACACUGUUAAAUAAGGUUAGGGUGUAUUUAUUAUCACACAGGUAGGAUUCAGUGUUAUAAUGCAGUAUCCCUCAAGUGUUUGAUUAGUUUGAUAUGCACAUGCAAUCCCUGACAUGUAUGUAAGUAUUAUUGAUUGACAUGAAAGGAAUGUGGCUUUGGAUCCAACACAGUUUUUUUUCUUUUUUUUUUUUUUUUUUUAAACAGAGUGUCUGCAUUGUAUAAUCUUCCUCACAUUAAAAUACAAUUUUGUGUACCAACUGCUUAAGAUUACAUCGGUUAACAUUGAAUGCAAAUGUUUUGCAAAAGAACAGAUAUUGUUCCACAUGCUUUGGAUCAAGUCUGCCACAAGUUGUGGCGGUGAUGUGUAGAUAUCUGUUUUGAGAUAUAUUACAUAAUCUGCCAGAGAUAAGCCACCCCUCUCUUUCAGAAACCUGAUAAGACAAUACAACAGUCUCAUGACAGCAAAUCGCAAUCAGAUUGAGGCUAUGCAUGUUUGUUAAUCAGUAGGAAGAUUUUUUUUUACAUAUUUGUACAACUGUUAAAUACUGAAAUAUAAAUAAACUUUUAAAAGUGAAGGUUUAAUACUGCAACGCCUACACUAUGAUUGCUAUGUCACAGGACAAAGGGGAAGGAGUGCAAUGAAAUGUAAAGAGUAAAAUACCCUUAUACUUUUGUCAUUAAAUAAGUGCCUUUUGAGAUAUUAAAUUGUAGGCAUGCCAAAUUACUCUUAAAGUUAUACAUGUUAGGAUUAGCUGUAGUGGCCCCUACUACUUUGCCUAAGUUAUAGUACCAGACACCAUAUGUUUAUUUGUUUUUGUUCUUAAGGGCUGACUGUGUGGCCUCAUAUUUAUUUGUUGAGGAAUGCAGGAGACAUUUAUUUCCAAAAAGAAAUUGUUAAUAGUCGUCACCAAUGGUUUUUACCCCGGUUUUCUCCCCAAUUUGGAAUGCCCAAUUAUUUUUAUUCCAAUUCAUCACUGCAAUCCCCCGGCGACUCGGGGAAACGGAGGCUGAAACACGCGUCCUCCGAAACGUGUUCCUGCCAAUCCGUCAUUUUUCACACUGCAGAUCCACAGUGAAGCAGGAGCGCAACACAGAUCACAGGGGUCGCUGAUGCGUGGUGAACCGUGGAUUGCCCUGCCGACCUAAUACCUCCCUACCCGGGCGGUGCUCGGUCAAUUGUGCGCCGCCCCCUAGGAACCCCCGGUCACGGUCGGCAAUGACAUAGCCUGGAUUCUGACCUGCGAUCUCCAGGCUAUAGGGCGCAUCCUGCACUCCAUGCGGAGCGCCUUUACUGGAUGCGCUACUUGGGAGCCGCCACUCCCUUGUUCUAAUACAACACUUUAUGGGUGCCUUCCAUUUCCUUUAUAGUACCAUUGCAUUCUCCUUUUACAGUGGAGCCGAAACCCUUAUGUGCCAUAAUACUUGAGUGUCCUAGUAUCUGUUUGAGGGUACUGUAUAGUCUAUAGUACUUAAACUGUUUAUUUUGUAAUGCAGGAACAGGGAGAUUUGUGGUGUCCAGAUAAUGGCUCUUUUGCUUCUGAAUUGUUGACCCACACCCCUCCCCGUCAACUGAAUAUGUAAGUAACACUACAUGUUCUGGUGUAAUAACGUUUUAAAAGGCAUUAAACAUUCUUACACCUUGUUUUAGCAUAACAUUCUCACAAGUGCUGAGCAUUUUGUUUUAAAUUUUUAUUUUUUUUUACUGUUCUCGUUGGAAGUUUCAUGGUAGUAGGCAGGGAACGUGUGUCUUAUAGCAGGAGAGAAUGACUUCACCUGAGUGAAAAGAAUGGCUGCAAUACAACAAGAGAAUUGUGGGAAUGUUGUUCUGUGAAAUUAAUGGUAAGAAAAUGUUUUUAAACGCUUGGUUAUUACAAUUUUAAUCCAGACAGGUGAAGUGUUGUUACCUUGGUUAAUAGAUUUAAUCCAGACAGGUGAAGUGUUGUUACCUCUGAUAGAUGCCUGAAGCUGUAAGCUUUGGUGCAUUGCUGUUAGGGGAAAACUGUGUGUGUAAUAAAAAUGUGUACUGUGGCUUUCAUUACCACUUUAUCAAUUGUCUGGACUUGAGCUGUGCUGCUCUCUUGUAUAUUAAAAUGUUCAUGUCAUGUAAACUCCCAGUUAACCGCAUUCUUUCUUUCGAUGUGGUGUCAGGUUUUGCAGACCAGUUUUCAUUCGUCUAGACGCAGUCUUAAAACCAUCAGAUCACGAAACUAGUACCAGCAACUUAAGCAAGGUUGAGUUCAGACUCUAAGGUGUGCCUAUGUUUUCUGCUCCUGUUACUUGUACAACAGUGUCUGUGAAUCGAGGCUUCUUACAUUUUGUGAGGACUUCUAUAUUUCUCAGCUAGCUACACCUCCAAGACCUGAAUUCAUUUUUGUAUAUAUUGUGUUUUAAAUGAAUGUGAUUUUAAUAAGUUACAUUUUGUAGAGCUUUAGAUUUACCUUGCAUUUUUAAAUCGGCUCCUUGUUAUUUUGCUGUUCGUCCAUGAUUAGUUUAAAAAAAAAAAAAAAAAAAAAAAAAAAAAAAAGCAAA